AACGUGAAGCGCGUCGGUCGAGAGGCAUUGCUCGUGAUCCGUCAGUUUCCUUUCUGCAUGAGAGCAGUGCAUACCUUCGAAACAUAACCGCCAGUUUCUUUUCUGUGUGAGAGCAUUGUAUACCGUUGAAACCUAAAAUAUGGAUUAGUUGGUAAAUCUACCCCCCUUGACGUAAUGGCAAAGGGAAAAGGGAAUCCUAAACCAAGCGUGAAACGAAAUUCUCCCAAAGCUGUAGUAAAACGAAAAGCAAGAAAAAAAAAAAAUCGUUGGAUUCUCUUUGCUCGGAAAAUAAGCAAGUAACUUGAGUUAUGGUAAACAUUAAAAUGAUUUAUAAUAGGCAUAUACUUCUUACGUAGUUUGCAGUGGAUCGUAGUUUCAAAGAUAAACAUCUGCAAAAUCUCCGCGGAAAAUCUCCAUCUCUUGUAAGCAUCAGACACAACAAAGAUUAACUUAAGGCAGAAAUAUAUUUGAAGCUUUACACUAAAUUGGACAUCAGCUCAAGCUUUAUUGAUGAAGAGGCUUUCAUCCCGUGAACCGUACGAACAAAAAUACAGUUCAUCCUCCAGUCACCAUGGCAACGGGGGCGGACCAGAGGCGGGGCCUGGAAGUGAGCCUUGGAGUGGCACUCAAGACAUGGGGGAGAAAGGCUUUGCUGCUCCUCUAUCAGGACAGGUUUUCAAAAACGCAUCCAGGCAUGGAACCUUAUAACAUCCUGAUGUUGAAGGCCGCGGCGAGGUUUAUGCUGAAGCAAAACAAGGCCCAGGCCGAUGCCAUCCAGAAGAACGAAGUCGCCAGGUUCGACAUCAGCGCCCUCCAUCUGCUGCUCCGUUUUGCGUGCGACUUCUCAAGCGGAUCCAAUCGCUGGAAAGAUCCGAAGACGCUGGAAGGCAACAUCGAAAAGCUGAAGCAUUUACGUAACAUGGAGGCCCACUGGACGGAGGAAGUUUACUCUAAGGAGAAUCUAGAAGAGAAAUGGAUCGAGCUUGUGAAGGCUAUAACGUUCGUUCUGAAGCAUGGAGGUCUCGAGCAGUGGAUGCCUAUCUUCAAGGAGAAUCUGCAGCUGAUAAAGCAAGGAGAAAUUUACGACGGGGAGAAAGUGCUGUUGCAAAAGGCUCUUCAGAGUGAACUUCGAGAACUUUAUAGAAACAGUCGGAAAACAACGCUGAUGCCCCUUGUGUGGGCUGGGCGUCUCUUUCGAUUCCAACACAGUGCACUCCAAGCUUACAUCACCACCAAGUUCUCCUUUAGUCAAGAUAGGCUUGAGACCUUUAUUGAAACCAAUGGCUUGUUGGAAAAUAGAGGCAACUGUCAAGUUAUGGUGCUGCAGGGCGAGUCUGGCACCGGCAAGACGUCACUCCUCCGGUACUUUGCCUCUGCUUGGAAAGGGGAGCAGCCAUGCCCUGUAUCCACACUGAACAACAUUGACUAUCUUAUGUUCCUGGAUUGCAAUGCCGUAUCUAACACAACCUUCACAACUAGUGAUAUCAUCAAAGCGAUUUUCCCAGUAACAUCCUCGUCCACAGAUAUCGGUUCAAUUGUGGAAAUUUUAAGGCAAGCGACAGGCCGUGUAAUGUUUCUGAUUGAUUCCUUUGACGAGAGACUGGAUGCUUUUCAAAAGUGUUUCAAGGAGCUGCAGAUAAAAUUUCCUAAAGCUAUAUUUUUGGUCACGACACGGCCGCAUUUGACUCCUGCCAUUAGCAACUUGUGCGAUGAUGUCCCACGGGUUUUCACAGCACACGGAUUUAAUUGGUCCAGCGCGAAAGCCUGUGUCAGUAAGCUUCUUCUUGUAGAAAAUAAACCCGAGAACCCAGACAAGCUCCUCAAAAUACUAUCACCACACCAAGAACUUGUGAAAAUCCCCCAGCUUUUGUGUUGGUGUACAUGGCUGUGGAUAGAACAGGGAAACACCAUUUUUUCAACGCGUGGAAAAAUAUUUUACAGUUUGACAGACUUCAUGAUAAGGAAACUAUGCCACAUUAGUAAUAUGAGAAUUAUUGCAGAAGAACUACCAAAAGAAGGUCAACAAUGGUUAAGUGUAGUGGCUGAAUUUGCUUAUAACCAGGCGAAAAAAGGGCUGGGUUCACUGAGUAAGACUAGUGAAGAAAUUAAAUGCUUGGAGGCUAUAGCAAAGGACCUUAAGCUCAAGCCUCUUGAAGCUCUCUCAAGUCUUAUGCAGUGUGACAGCUUUAUGUCGGCACAAGGAGAACAUGUAAAUUUCCAGUUCAUACACACCUCCCACGCAAACUUUCUCAUAGCAUAUCAUGUUUUCGAACGCCUGAGAAAUGACAAAAUCACAAUUACCAGUCUCAUAAAGGACUUGCAAAUGGACCGAGAAGACCAUCUUAACAUUUGUGGUUAGUAUUCUCUUCAAAACAAGGAAAAACGUGUUGGACAUCACAGACUUCGAGAAAUUGCCUCUCUGAGUAGACAGCAUGUCAAGUUCUACGAUAUAAACUUCUUUUUGGAUCUCAUAGAGGAAAGCCAGUACGACAAGGGGCUUGCACAGGAACUAGCACGAUAUUUGCCCAUUGCUGACACAGAGCCCUCGCCCCAGAUAGGCCUAGGGAGAGAAGGUGACCUGAAUUCUCACUACUUGUGGAUAAGGAAGAAGGAAAUAGAACGAAGUGAAGCUAUGUCCAUGUUGCUCUCUUUUUCAACUCCCUCUCGACUGUGGCUGCGUCUGUCGGAUGGCAUAUUGGCUGACGAUGGCACAUGUGGUUCGAAAGUGUUGCAGUGUGAUGCUGAAGCUGCAGUGAUGCUGAUCAGGAAUUCCUACAAGAACAAGCCUCUUUGUGAGCUGAAAUUAAGUGACUUUACAUUGAGCCGUCCCCUUGUCUGGCCGCAGAACCUGUGGUGGCUGUCCAUACAUCGCUGCAAGAUUGAGACAGAUCUCGGCCUACAGGAUGGUCUCUUGAAACUGAGUAUGAGCGAGUGUACGAACUUGGGAUACGUGAACAUUCCUUCUACUGUGAAGUCGCUAAAACUGCAAGAAAUGAUGUCGACGACCCGGUCCUUCCCCCUGGCCUUGAAACUCUCGUGGUAAAAUCCUGCCAGGUUAUCAGGCACCCGGCCCUGUCCCCGUGGCUUAAGAAACAUACAUUCGUAGACUGCACGUUUUGGGAAAAUGAACUCUACUUUGCGAUGCUGAAUUCGCUCUCAUGCUCAGACAAAGCAACGUCAUCGGAUUGUUCUGACUGAACACUAAGGUAGCUGAGGUUGCUGUUUGUUCUUAACCAUAAACACACGAGUGGGCUGUUAACAAACGUUUUCAUUAUUAGGAUGAAUUAAGAUAAAAGGUGACUGAACUUUUUUGAAAAUGUUUUUCUAUACAAAUUAAGUGCUACUUAAUGCAGUGAAGUACAAUAUAUCACACACACACACACACACACACACACACACACACACACACACACACACACACACACACACACACGUGUACACACACACACACACGUGUGUGUGUGUGUGUGUGUGUGUUCCUUUUGCUUAUGGUCUGGUAGAUGAUUUUUAAAUGUUUGUAUAGUGCAAAGGGUAUCUCAGUAAUUGUGAAUAGAUUCUUAUUUUUCGCAUAAAAUGGGCAUCAAAUGAUGACAAGCAUGUUCAAAUAAAUAUAAUGAUUAUAAAGAGGGUAGUUAAUGUAUGCUAGAAUAAUUACUAUUUGAGUAACAGAGUGAAUUACAUGGUAAAGUUAUGUAUAAGUAGUGCUUAUAUAGUUUAUAAAAACAAAUUGUGCAUUAGUGAUUAAAAAACUGUAAGGCUUAGUAUAAUUAGGUAAUGGAAUUAUAUAUUAGUAAUGCAAAAAAUAUGCAAUGAAAUCGUAUAUUGUUUAGUUAUAUAAUAUGAUUAGAUAAAAGUAUCUACUAAAUGGUGAAGUAUAGUAAAAUAUGGGUGGUUAAGUACGUGAUGCAAUAUAGUUAUUUAAAUAUUGUUGAUAGAAUAAGUGACAUUAGCAAUAAAGUUUGUAAUAACAUGUCAUAUUACCUAGUGAUAUUAUAGAAUUACAUGUAAUAUAUCGAAGAGAGGUUGUUAUAAAGUUUGACAUUUACCUUCUAACAUCCGCGAGAUACUGUGGUUCCCCGGCCUUCUCUUGAGCUUUGGACAAGCUUCUUAAUUCGCUGGUGAAAGUGUCUAAAGACGUGGUAAUUUUUAUUCGCUGGCGACUAAAAUCAUGAAUUCGCAGCGUCUGUUUGAUAAAGUUCAACAGGUUCAACUUUACCGCUCAUGUCUAGCGUUUCAGCACCGAAUAAAUGACUAUUCCAGACGCCGACGACAGUGUGUGAGGGAGUAUGUGCUUUGGUGCUGCGUUCGCUGUCCAUUUUCCUUUUGUUUGUCAUUAUUGUUAUUAUUAUUAUUAUUAUUUUUUUUUUUUUCACGCGUCAGCCUCAAUGUUCCAGGGCAUGUAGUUGGGUCCUCCAAUGCCAGGUCCUUCAGGAAAUUAUCUGAGGCCCCGUGAGCCCGCUUCCUGCCUAUCCACUUUCGUAACCAUACACUUCUUCUUCUUCUUGGCUGUUUUCGCAUAACAGGAUCACUCAUUCUCAAAGGGCAACAGCGGCUCGCAGCAAAUCCUCCUCCGACGUCAUGCCGCGUGGGACUGCUCAAGAAGCGUAUUUCACCAGCUUCGUGUAAACGGAUUGCCGCUGGAAGAGCGAUAAGUAGCCUAACGUCAAAGCAAACCGGUUCCACAAGGAAAUUGUAAUUCAGUACAACUAUGUUAAAUAUCUAGUACAACUUACUGUAUUACAUUUUUUUAUUAAUGUUUUAUACUUUUAUAAUGUUUUUACCUAUGGAUCAACAAAUUUACGAAAUUAUUUUAUUUCAUCAUUGAUUUUUGGAAGAAAUAUGUGAUAUGGUGAUUUUUAUCAUCAUCAUCAUCAUCAUCUUCAUCAUAACAGCGAUAAAUUAUAAUAUACAAGAAGCUAAUUCAAUAAUUCAGUCAAUGGUAAAAUAAAAUGACACGUAGCACCAGAAAGUAGUCUAACAAGGGACCAACAGGAAAUCAUUAUUGGAAAGCAAGACAGCCAGAAAAAAUGAAAGUCUGGAUGAAAAAGCAAGAUAAGCAAGACUUGACCGCCGUUCCUUUGCCUGGGCGCCCUUCCUAACCUCAACCGUGGUCCGUUUUGGGGAUUCGAACGUUCGAAUUCCCACUGAGCCACGGGAUUUUUCUAGAGAAUUUAGAAGCAAAAGAGAAAGAGAGAAAUAUGAAGUGAUUUGUAAAGGCUAUAAUACAUUACAUAAGAUAUAAUUGAUAGUGAUAUUUAUGCUGAAGAGAGAGACGUAGUGAUUUGAAAAAGGUAAUUGGCAAUAGAAUAUGUGUUCCUAGCAUAUAAAGAUUUUAUAAA